AUGGCUCUCUUCACAGUCCUGGUGAUUUGUCUUUCUUGUUUCAUUCUUCUUUUUCUAUGGAAUCGAAACAAUACUCCAGGAAGACUGCCGCCUGGCCCAACCCCUCUUCCAAUCCUUGGAAAUAUCCUACAGUUGGAUCCUAAAAACCUCAGCAAAUCUUUAAGCAAGUUAGCAGAAGAAUAUGGCCCUGUGUUCACUCUAUAUUUUGGCUUAAAACCCACCGUGGUGUUGCACGGAUUUGAAGUGGUCAAGGAAGCUCUGAUUGAUAAUGGGGAGGUGUUUUCUGGCAGGGGGAGUAUCCCAGCAUUUGACCACAACCUGCAAGGACGAGGAGUUGCUUUCAGCCACGGAGAAACAUGGAAGCAAACCCGGCAUUUCUCCCUCAUGAUUUUGCGGAAAAUGGGGAUGGGGAAGAAGACCAUUGAAGACAGAAUUCAGGAGGAAGCCUCAUGUCUGGUGGAAGCAUUAAAAAAAACCAAUGCAUCUCCCUGUGAUCCUACUUUACUUUUGGGCUAUGCUCCCUGCAAUGUGAUCUGCUCCAUUGUUUUCCAAAAUCGUUUUGAGUACAGUGAUAAGAAGUUGGCAACUAUGUUAGACCUUUUUCAUGAAAGCCUCAAAAUUUUAAGCAGCCCCUGGAUACAGCUCUACAACACUUUCCCUUCCUUAAUGUAUUAUCUUCCAGGAAGUCAUAAUAAGUUAAUGAAAAACAUUAAUGAGGUAAAAAAGUUUAUUUUGGAAGAGAUAAAAGACCACCAAGAAUCCUUUGACCUCAAUAACCCUCGAGACUUUAUUGACUACUUCCUGAUCAAAAUGGAACAGGAAAAACACAACAAACAGUCUGAAUUUACCAUGGACAACUUGAUCGCUACCUUGGUGGAUCUGUUUUUUGGGGGGUCAGAGACUGUGAGCACCACCCUGAGAUAUGCUCUCCUCCUGCUGCUGAAAUACCCAGAGGUCACAGCGAAAGCCCAGAAGGAGAUCCAGAACGUGGUGGGCAGACUCCGGAGUCCCAGCAUGCAGGACCGCAACCACAUGCCCUACAUGGACGCCUUGGUGCACGAGGUCCAGAGAUACAUUGACCUCGCGCCCAGUGGCCUGCCCCAUGCAGUGACUCAGAACAUCAAGUUCAGAGGAUUCCUUAUUCCCAAGGGCACAAGCAUACUAACAUCUCUGAAUUCUGUGCUACAUGAUGGCAAAGAGUUUCCCAAACCAGAGACAUUUGAUCCUGGCCAUUUCCUGGAUGAAAGUGAAAAUUUUAAGAAGAGUGACUACUUUAUGCCUUUUUCAGCAGGAAAGAGAGUAUGUCUUGGAGAAGGCCUGGCCCGAAUGCAGCUGUUUUUAUUUCUGACCACCAUUUUACAGCGUUUUACCUUGAAACCUCUGGUUGAUCCAAAGGACAUUGAUACCACGCCAAUAGCCAAUGGAAUAACCACCAUCCCGCCCUUCUUUGAGCUCUGCUUCAUCCCAGUGUGA